AGUUCGUUAUUGGAGACUAUCAUCUUAAUAUGACGGAAAAAAGUUUACCAAGAGUUCCUGAGGGACUACGGGACCUAAUGAAGAUGUAUGCUAAAGAAGUUUUACGUCAAAAGCCUGAAAACCUAUACAAAUUCUCUGCCGAUUUUUUUAAUUUGAUUGUUACCGAAAAAUCGAACCGAGUGAUGCGUAAAUACGAGCCAAUACAAACAUAUGAAAGCAUGAUAAAAAACCGUAUUCAACAGCAGGUGCCACUUUCACUCGUAUUUCAUAUAAUUCCGGAAAACCUUACAGAGCUAAUAAAACAAUUCAUUAAGGCAGUUCUAAAAGAAAGCCCGGACAAUAUUUACAUAUUCGCACAGGAAUACUUUCAAAAGCUCUCGGAGGACAAAUCGAUACAUACUGAAUACACUAAAUAUACGGAAUACGAAGGGUCAUUGAGGGACAAAGAGCCAUUUAAAUCUGUAGCAAAGGUAACUUGUCAAUGUGGACGUACAAUAACCGCUGAUGCAGCAGAAGUACAGAAUAAUUACAGCAUUUCAAGUACCAUGAUUCCUUUAAAUGAUUGUACUUCAAUAGCUGAAGCAAAGAAGGAAAAUCAAAAAAUAUACGAUCACAACUGUUUAAAAGCAGUCAUCAUAAUUCAAAGAAAUUUUCGCCUGUAUAAAAUUCAAAAGAAAAUAAGUUCUGACAAGGAAAAAUACGACAAAGAAUAUUUACGUGCAGUUUUCUUGAUUCAAAGGCUAUUUCGCUGCUACUUGGCCAAAAAGAGAUUUGAAAAACGAAAGGAUUCAGAAAAGGAAAAACGACGUAAUGAUACCCAUAGUACUAGAGAUUAUAUACAAGCAGUCAUUGUUAUCCAACGACAAUAUCGUCGAUAUUUAAAUAAAAUUCGUCAGAAAAAUCGAUUUAAAAAUGGUUCUUUUGGCUUAGUGACAGCAGCCAUCAUUAUUCAAAGAGCAUUUCGAAGGAUGGUUGAUGCGCGGAGGGUCAAGGGAAAUGUGCCUGACGUUGUAGAUAAUCGUGAAGAGUUAAACGAUAUUUAUUCUGAGACAUGUUCAUACAAUUCUAUAUCGACGGCACCCCUAUCAACCGAUUCGACCUCUGAGCACAAAGAUUUUGUUAAUACAAAUUUUGAAGACUUUGUCCAAAACACAAUAAAGAUGCAGGAGGAAGUAGACAACAAUAACCCUUGCCAAAUUCUUGAAAACGAGUAUGCUGCUAUUAAAAAAGACGAAAACUUGACGAAAGUACAGAAAAACGAUGAUCUUAUAAUCAAUGAAAUUCCAGGCGUCAUAGAACUAUCGGACUUGACCAGUAAGUUAUUCUUAAAAUUACAUAUCAUAUAUGAAACAUAA